AUGAAAAGCAAGGUCGACGUCUGUUCCGCGGAGCGGGUGGGCGAGCAGUCGGCACCAGGGGUGGAGCGUCGGUCUCUGCUGGGCUGCCCUGAUACGCGCUACCAUCCUCCCGCAAGAUGUCCUCACACAAGUUCGUGGAGGGCAGGACGAGUCCUCGGCGCUCAAAGGCAGUUAGUGGACACCAUCCAGGUCCUCCCUCGUCGUGUCUCCACCACAGUGAGAGCUUCUCCGGUGUUCUGCGACGUAAACUCUCCGCCGUGCCUAUACAGCCUCCACCCCACACCUACCACCACCACCACCAGGGGCUCCCGCUGUGCCUCAAGCCGACGUUCAAAGACAGGUGUAUGGGGAAUUGUGUUGUCAGCUACUGCCAUCUACUGGUCGUUUGGAGAACUGCAGCGUAUUUACUGCACAUGUUGUUCUUUGGAACACGGAGAAGAUAAGGUGGCUGUUGACACAAUGCUGCGAGGAGAGCAAGAGGAGGAAUAUUUGCGGGACAUCAUUGUGAGCAUUGAACAAGAAGGGGAAUAUGAGGAGGAUCUGGAACCCCACAAAGCUGGUGAUGAUCAGGAGCUCUGCAACCAUCUCAUCAAAGCCUGUCGUGAUGGCAUGACUCAGGUGGUAGAGCGCCUGCUGCAGACUGGGGCUGAUAUGACUCUGUGUGACUCUGCCAAGCAGACAGGACUACACGUCAGCCCCCCGGAGCUCCAGGAGAAAAUACUGGGCUGGAUGUCCAGGCCUCAUUUGCCCCCUCAGACCAGGCUGCUGCAGGCCGCCUGGCAAGGAGACUUGCACACAGUGCAGCACCUGCUGUCUCAGAUGGACAAAGUGGACGCCAACGUGCCCAACAGUGAUGGCGUGACUCCACUCAUGGUCGCCAUGCGAGACAUCGACCUGUUUGAAGGCAUGUCUUUGUUGCCAUGGCAACACCGACCCGCGGAAGUGGUCAAAGAACUGCUGAGGCUCUCGGUAGAUUUGUGGGUGCAAGACGACAGCGGCUGGUCUGCCCUCCACUACACUGCGAACAUCAACAGCCCUCUGAAGGACGAGAUCGCUGGCAUGAUUCUGGAGGCCAUCAGUCUCUCAGAUGCUGGCACCGUGUCGUCCCCGCCUCUGGACCAACAUUUUCACACGGAACUUGGAUGUUUGGACCUUGAGUUGGACCUUGAAAGCCUCACAGAUCAGUCUCCCUCAGGUUCACCCAUUCGGACGCCAACCCAUCAGGACCAGGUUCAACCAUACAGCCACACCGAGGGGACAUUGGACUAUUCCGAAUGUCAACUGGACCAUCAAAACACCUCUAGUCGGGACGAUAACGAAGAUGAGGGGAGUCCUCGCAGUGACCGAACUGCCAUGGAAACACUGACAGACCUGAUCCAAGCCUACCAGAACGCCAUGUCAGGCAGCAGAGGAACUUUGCCUUUGCCGAACCUAAGCAACGUUUGCAGACGGCAGAGGCAUUUGGAUCCCGUUCUUCCACCAGGACAGCUGCCUCCGAGAAGCAACCGCCUUCCUGUACCCCCAAAACACAGGCAGAGAACAAGAAGUUUUAACGAAGCAGCUCCAUCAUCCUUUGGCCUGUUGUCUAUUGCAGUACCGAACAAGCUCAGCCAAUCAGCUCCCAGCAUCAUGGAACCACUUGUGUGUUCAAACUAUGUACUUCAGGCCAGGGCACACAUCCAGACAAGAUUGGGCUCUCAUAAACCUAUCAAUGAGCAAAAGGGUCCCAUAUUGGCUCUGCAACCUGCUGCUCUUCUCCGGUCACCCAAGCAGCUGGAACCACUGGACCCCAGGUUAAAAGAAAAUGCUGCUGCACCGGUAUUAAAGUACAGUGUUCCCCUGAAGCCAAUUACCAAGAGCAUUCAUUCCACAACCCACUUUAAGAGGAGAUUUUCAGGGGGCACCCCACGUACCGACCCCCUCGCCAUCAGGUGUGGCAGUGAAGAUAGUGGGUCUAACAUCAGCAGUCAGAGUUCUACUGAUCUGGAAGAUGAGGACUAUGAAAGGGAUACACCUGAAGACAUUUACUGGGUUUCAAAACAUUCCAAAGGCUGCACUGAGAAAGACAGUGAGUUUGAUGAUGGGAAGACAGUGCAGAGUUUAUCACCACUCGUCAAGUCAAUACACAUACAAAAACAAGAGCCUGUUAACUGCCAGACCAUUAUGAAUUGCACCAAUGAAAAUCAGGAUUAUGGUAUGAGUCGUAGAGCGAGAAGGAAUCAUGAAACACCGGUCCCAUUAAUGUCUGAUGAGAGUAUUACCAAUGACUGCAAUAACACUGCAGAACAGGCAGAUACAACUAUUAAGGGUAACUAUGUGGAUAAACCUGCAAUCGCAAAGGAUUUCCAAAUAGAAGAUGCGAUCUGCGGCAGUAGUGAGGGUGCAAAGGUUAAUAGCAGCUUUGUCCCUGAAGAGACCUCACUAAUUUUUUCAAAUAGCAAUCAAGUUAUAGUUGCUAAGAGUGGAACAUUUAAGAAAACUUUGAAGCCCGCUGAAAACAAGGCAGAAGAAUACGGUUUAAAUUGUGAAGUGAGGACAAAUUUGUCCGCCACUCGACUCGAGCUCAAAGCCGAAACUAUACUAAACCUAAGUAAGGCCCAGAAAAAUCUAAAGCACCGCUCUCUUUUCAACCAACCUAUAGAUAACACUAAAACGAGCCCUGAUCAAAUUGUUGUUAAGAAAGUCCCCACCUCUUUGGAUAAAUCAAACCUUAAAUAUCUUAAGGUUGCUCGUUGGACCCCUGACCCCCCAUCACCACGAAAGAAGGGAGCUGGUAGUGCACACUACAGAGGAGCAAAUCCUGACAAGGUGAGCAACCACCGUGCACAACAGCACCCAAAAGGCAGGGAGAUGAAGAGCACCCACCAAUUAAAGAAUCCAGAUGAGGCUGGGGCACAAAGAUCUAAAUCUGCCAUGGACUUCAUCACAUACAAAGACAUGUUUAAGACAAUUCAGAGUGAAGGCAAAGGACCUGCAAUCUAUGAGAUGUUUGCUGGUCCGAUCUAUGAUCAUCUUCGGAAUCCAGUCAGCUUUGAGGACAAACAACCUCAGGCUGCUCAGUUCAGGAAUUUACAUGAGAUCCGUAACGUCAAACACAGACCUUUGAAACAAGGGCAAACUAAGCUAAGGAAAUCCCCGACAGAGACGAUAGUAGUUUCAACUAAAGGCAUAGCAAAACCUUUAUCUUCCAGGGUGAAACCUCACCUCACACAAGCACCAAAGAACAGACACAAAGUGGAGUGUAUUAGUCAACCUGAGGCUAAGCUAGUUCUCUCUAAUGAUGGUGAGAUGGGUCGUAACGCUGUAGAAAAGGCUGAAGUCACGACGUUAUCGACCAUUGAUGAGGUUCUCCCCGGUGGCAAAGGUAUGACAGAUAACGGUUAUGAUAACUUCCUUAUGAAUAUGGAAGAAACAACUGUAAGUUCAACAGACGUACACAGAAGUGACCACACUGGUAUGUCACCAGUGUAUCAGAAGUUUCUGGAUGGGGUUGGGGACGGACCACUUACAGAUGACUUGUUGCAAUGUCUGGCUGAGGAGCUGAUCUCACUGGAUGAGAAAGAUGUCUCCACUGGUUCAUGUCCACAAAACCUUGAAAUAGAGUACCACAAAGAGGACAAUGCAAUAUCAAGAGACAAGAAGAAUGCAGGGGUUACUUCAAUUAAUUUUGCUGCUUUACAUGGAUUUGGGUCAGAUGAUAACAUUUCUUGGACGAAGGGUGAAGUACUUGGUCGUGGAGCAUAUGGGACAGUAUACUGUGGUCUGACCAGUCAGGGCCAGUUGAUUGCUGUGAAACAGGUGGCUUUGGACACCGCUGACCCAAAGGCUGCAGAGAGCGAGUAUGGUCGGUUGCAGGGAGAAGUAGAACUUCUCAAAACGCUGAGCCACACCAAUAUCGUUGGCUUCCUUGGGACCUCUCUCUAUCAGCACAUGGUUUCCAUCUUCAUGGAGUACAUCCCAGGAGGAUCUAUCGCCAGCAUUCUUCAUAGAUUUGGUCCACUGCCAGAGCGUGUUCUCGCACUAUACACCCAUCAGAUCCUGGAAGGGGUGGCCUACCUUCACUUGAACAGGGUCGUUCACCGUGACUUGAAGGGGAACAAUGUGAUGCUGAUGCCCACAGGUGUGAUCAAGCUCAUAGACUUCGGCUGUGCACGCCGAGUCAGCUGCGUAACCCACAGCACCAACAGCAGUGGGGAUCUGCUCAAGUCUGUCCAUGGCACGCCUUACUGGAUGGCACCAGAGGUUAUCACCGAUACAGGAUAUGGCAGGAAGUCGGAUAUAUGGAGUGUGGGUUGCACGGUCUAUGAGAUGGCCACAGGAAAACCCCCUCUAGCACACAUGGACAAGAUAGUGGCCUUGUUCUACAUUGGGGCCAAACAAGGACUGAUGCCUUCUUUACCUGACAGAUUCUCAGACAGCGCCAAAGACUUUGUCAACAUCUGCUUGACAAGUGACCAGAGACUGCGGCCGUCUGCGGACCAACUGCUGCAACAUUCUUUUCUCCCCAGACACACCUCGAAAAAGAACUCCUGCGGUCAUCCAGAUGGACUUUGCGGUUUUAUUUGUGUUUUGGAGUAAUACAGAUGUAGACUUAAGAAUAUUGUGCCUUCUUCAAGCAGUACAAAGAAAACCAAGCACUUUUAAGUAUCGUUCACAAUUAGGACUGUCAACGUUUAAUACUGCAGUUAAUGCCAAUUCUUUUUUUUAUCAAGUCUUGUGAUCAUUUGCUUUUUUUUCCUGCAAGACAACUUUCUCAAGAAGAAUCAACGUGUGCGAUGCAAAUAGUUACUUUAAAGCUUUUUUCACAAAGCAAUACCUCAGUUUUGUACACCCUUUUUUUCUCC